AUGGCCGUGUAAGGUUUGUUCCGCUGUCUUCUCAGAGCCACAGCUACUCACAGAGCACCUCAUGAGUCACUUGGAAAAGGUCCACAGGGUUUCUCCGGCUACGAAGGGUUCGACGGGGAGCAAAGGUCCGGGACCCGUGCCCCCCGACUGUCCGGUGACGGAGGCUGAGACCCCCUCCGCCCCCGCGGCCAAGGUGGAGCCCAAGCCCCGAGCGGUGAGGCCUCGCAAGCUGAAACCUCGCCGGGAGCCGGCUGGGCGGAGCGAGGUCCAAGGGUCACAGCGAGCCGCCCGGGAGCUUCCCCUACGCACUGGGUCUGAGGACACUGCGGCCGAGCGUUCUACAGACGCCGAUGUGCCGGAAGCGCCACUGGAGGCCCCCGCCCCCGAGGAGAAGCCGGAGGGAACUGUGGUUCCCGGGAAGAUGCUGAGGAACGGCCGACACGGACGUCCUAACCUCAGGCCGGACUCUCGCAGGAAGGUGCUGAGGCGUCUCGGAGACCACCGGGCUUACCAGUGCUACCUCUGCAGCAAGAUCUUCAACAACAGCAGCAACCUCAAGCGUCACAUUCGCUCUCAUGGUGAUAAGCUUUACAAGUGCGAUGAAUGUGAGAAGGAGUUCAGCCGGAAAGAGAGCCUGAAGCAGCACGUCUCUUACAAACACAGUAGGAACGAGGUGGACGAGAUCUACAUGUACCAGUGCUCCACGUGUCUGAAGGCCUUUCGUAUCCGCACCGCCCUGGAGUUUCACAACUGCCGAACAGACGAUAAGACCUUCCAGUGUGACAUGUGCUUCAGAUUUUUCUCCACCAACAGUAACCUGUCCAAGCACAAGAAAAAGCACGGAGACAAGAAGUUCUCCUGUGACACCUGCGGCAAGAUGUUCUACCGUAAAGAUGUGAUGCUGGAUCACCAGAGGAGGCACUCCGAGGGUGUAAAACGAGUGAAAAAGGAGGAGAGCGAGAUGAAUGGGGUGGUGAAGUAUAAGAAGGAGCCGUCCGGGUGUCCUGUCUGUGGGAAGAUCUUCUCGUGCCGCAGCAACAUGAACAAGCACCUGCUGACGCACGGGGACAAGAAGUACACGUGUGAAAUCUGCGGCCGUAAGUUCUACCGCGUGGACGUGCUGAGGGAUCACACGCAUGUCCACUUCAAGGAUAUUCCCCUGAUGAACGAGCAGCAACGAGAGCAAUUCAUCAGCAAACUAGGGAUCACGGCGGAGGAGACAGAGGACACAUCAGACGGAGCAGGAGAGCCCAUUCCCCACAAAUACAGCUGCAAGAAAUGCCAGGCCACCUUUGCCAAAGGCAGUCAGUACCUCAAACACCUGAUGGAGAUUCACAAGGAGAAGGGCUACGGCUGCACUAUAUGUAAUAGGCGUUUUGCUCUGAAGGCCACCUAUCACGCUCACAUGGUCAUCCACUGGGAGGAGCUGCCGGAUACGGACCCCAAUGUGCAGAAGUACAUCCACCCCUGUGAUAUCUGCGGAAGGAUAUUUAACAGCACAGGCAACCUGGAACGACACAAGAUAAUCCACACAGGGGUGAAGAGUCACACCUGUGAGCAGUGUGGCAAGUCCUUUGCUCGGAGAGAUAUGCUGAAGGAACACAUGAGGGUUCACGACAACGUGCGCGACUACCUGUGCGCAGAGUGCGGGAAAGGGAUGAAGACAAAACACGCUCUGAGGCAUCACAUGAAGCUGCACAAGGGGAUCAAGGAGUACGAGUGCAAGGAAUGUCACCGCAAGUUUGCACAGAAAGUCAACAUGCUCAAGCACUAUAAGAGGCACACGGGCGUGAAAGACUUCAUGUGCGAGCUGUGUGGGAAGACAUUCAGUGAGAGGAACAGUAUGGAGAACCACAAGCUGCUACAUACGGUGGGGAAGCAGUGGACCUGCAGUGUUUGUGAGAAGAAGUUUGUGACCGAGUACAUGCUCUACAAACACGUGCAGCUGACCCACAAGAAGGUGGAGGCUCAGAACUGCCACCUGUGCGGGACCAAGGUCUCUACCAGGGCCUCGAUGAACAGACACAUGCGGCGGAAACACCCCGAGCAGGAAAUAAACCUGCACGAGGGGGAGUUGGGGGACAUGACCCGGGUCAAGAGGAUGAAACGCGGCCAGAAGAAAAAGCACAAGGCGUCGGUGGUGACGGAGGAGGAAGAGGAGGACGAGGAGGAGGACGAUGACGAUGAAGACGAAGAUGAGGAGGAGGAGGAGGACGAAGACGAAGAGUCGGCGGUGGCCGCGGCUGAGGAGGCCUCCAUUUACUCCUUCACUGACAAGGAGGCAGCCUUCGCCGGGGCUGUGGCUGUGGAGGACGAGACAGACUCGGCCGUACACAACAUCCGGCAGGUGGUCGUGACGCUCGGGGAUUCCAACGCCACCACAGCCACCAGCUCGGUGGGCCUGACCAACAUCAGCACUGUGGCUGCCGCCCACUUCACCAACCUGCAGCCCAUCACCGUCACCAACCUGACCCUGCAGGACAGGCAGAUGCAGCUGGACUCCAUCCUGACCGUCAGCUUCGACUCGCUCAGCGGCUCCACCGUGGUGCACGGCCGGCCCAUGGAGAUCCAAAUCGAGGCCCAGGAUUCGGCCUCCGUCCCGGUCCCCGUGGCCGUCCCCGUCCUCCACCAUCAACACCAGCAGCAACACCACCACCAACACCCCCUGGCCCAGUCGCUCAACCUGACCACCUUCGUCAACUCCAUCGGGGCUGUGGAGGGGGCGCCGCUGGGCGAGCAGCACCCCAUGACGUGGAGGGCCGUAGCCCAGAACCAGGACGCUUCCCAUCAUAUCCUCCAGCCCCAGCCUCAGCCCCAGCCCCAAGCUCAGCAGCCACAACAACAACAACAGCAGCAGCAGCAGCAACAGUCAGAGCAGCAGCAGCAACAACAACAGCCCCAAGUCCCUACGCAACAACCUCAACAACAAUCGCAGCAGAUGUACAGCUACUGAGAAACUCUUUACAUACCCUCACCCUCAUAUACCCAUUCCUCCCCCCUCUCCUCCCUUCAAUUAAGAGACAAUCUUCCUCCUGCUCCUGCUAUUUCUCCUCCCCUUUCCCCCUCUGGCCUCGGAACUCGAUGUGUCGUUCCUCACCAUCACUUGAGCAUUGGAUUACACGCAACCAACACACACACACACACACACACAACACGUACACACACACGCACACACACCCCAAUCAUGCACUCACGUACAGGCUCAUCGGCAGUCACACACACGGCUCGCAUACUCACCCACUCACCCACACACACGUGCGCUCUCACCCACAAGCACACCCAGAGCGGGCGCACGCACGGUUUCACACGCCAGUUGUGUAACCGCACGUACUCGUGGGCAGUCACACAGCUAACACAGGCACACUUGCUUUCUCACCCACGCGCACACAGAGGUUUCACACACGGUCUCUCAUACACACACACUCAUACACGCGCAGAUGAUUUGACGCAUUCCCAGCCUUUCCUCAGAAUUCCUGGUUCGAUGGGAAAUGACAUUAUCACUGUCGCUUGUGAUUAUAGAAGUCUCUCCCAAAAAAACACAAUAAAGGUUCUUUUUUUUAAGUUA